AUGGCGACUCGAAUUGUCCACAAAGUGGCUGUUAUUGGCGCCGGGAUCAGUGGUGUCGUCUCUGCGGGUCACCUCCUUGCUGCAGGGUUUGAUGUGACAGUUUUCGAAAGAAACCAAGCCGCAGGAGGAGUCUGGCUGUACGAUGAACGACGACCGCUAGAGCCACAGUAUCCUGCGAUAAGGCCUUCGGAAACAGAUCAACCGGCGAAAUAUCGACAAGAGAGGGAGAAGUUCCUUCUCGAGCAUGCACCCCCUGGCCCCUGCUACGACGGGUUGAGGAAUAACGUCCCCACACCUCUGAUACGAGUACAACUCAAUUCAUGGCCAGAAGGAACCCCAGACUUCGUCAAUCACAAUGUAAUCAAAGACUACAUUCAAGAUACGUCUAGGAAAGCGAACGUGCACGAUGUCACGAUCUAUGGGGCACGAGUAAAAGAUCUUCACAAGCAAGGGGAAAAAUGGGAGGUUGUCUGGUCAACUAUUCAUGUCAAUUAUCAAUCCGACACCGUGGAAGAGGUAGAAGAGGUCUCUACCUUUGAUGCGGUCAUUGUUGCCUCUGGACAUUACCAUGCGCCUCGUAUCCCAGAUAUUCCGGGUUUGUCGGAAGCGAAGAGUAAAUGGGGAUCUCGGAUAAUGCACUCAAAGGCGUAUAGAAAGCCUGAUGGGUUCGAGAGCAAGAAUGUUCUUCUCAUCGGCGGCGGAGUUUCAUCCACUGAUAUUGCCAAGGAAAUCGGCCCCGUCGCCAACACAGUUUACCAGAGCACGCGAAAUGGCGAAUUCGAUCUUUCUCCCGAUAUGCUCCCGGAGAAUGGAGUGAGAAUCGGUGAGAUAUCCCACUUUGAAAAUCAAACUGAUACGAAUGUGAGCUCCGACGAGCCUUUGCCUCUCAUAGUCCACCUAAAGUCAGGUCAGAAGCUGUGUGGGAUCGAUAGGAUCAUUAUUUGCACUGGUUACCAUAUCACGCUUCCUUUCCUGCGAAAUUACCACAAUGAUGAACUGGCCUCUGAACAUGCUGAUGAGAAAAUCCUCGUCACCGAUGGGACUCAGGUGCAUAACUUGCACAAAGACAUAUUCUACAUUCCGGACCCAACCCUCGCAUUUAUUGGGGUUCCUUACUAUACCGCUACAUUUACAUUGUUCGAAUUCCAGGCAAUUGUCGCGACGCAAGUGUUCUCUGGAAUCGCCAAGUUACCGUCUCAAGACGCCAUGAGAUCAGAGUACUUGGAAAAGGUCAAGGCAAUUGGUAGUGGAAAGAAGUUCCACUCGCUGAAAGACAAGGAAGAGUUCUACGUGAAUGAUCUUUUGCAAUGGGUAAAUGAUGACCGGGCUACACAAGAGCUUGGCCCUCUUGAGGGCCAUACCCCCAAGUGGCUAGAGGCCAAGGAGUUACAUAGACAAAGAAUCGCAACCAACUUCCAGCAAACCCAAAUGGCUCCGUCAUCGGUCGUGGCUGAGGAGCGAGCCGUCACUGCCACCGGCGAUAUCGUCCAGAAGACCCCGAAACGGAGAUGGGUGAGCUACAUCUGGGAUACAUUCGAUAAAUCGCCCGAGGAGCGCAGGUUACUGUUCAAGCUUGAUUUGGCGAUUCUGACAUUCGCGUCUCUCGGAUAUUUUAUUAAAUAUCUGGAUCAAAUUAAUAUCAACAAUGCCUUCGUCUCUGGAAUGAAAGAAGAUCUCGGCAUGUAUGGCAACCAGCUCAAUUAUAUGCAAACGUGCUGGACCGUCGGCUAUGUUAUCGGAGAGAUUCCUAGUAAUGUGCUGCUUACUCGUAUCAGACCGCGAUACUGGAUUCCGGCUAUGGAGUUUUAUGUCCUACGAUUCUUUAUCGGUAUGGAGCAAUGCAAAGUUCACAAUCGCCAGUUGCUAACCAACAAAGGUCUCGCGGAAAGUACCUUCUACCCCGGAAUGCAAUAUAUUAUUGGUUCUUGGUAUCGAAAGGAUGAACUCGCUAAGCGAUCAUGCAUUUUCCAUACUAGUAGUGGAAUUGCCAGUAUGUUUUCCGGAUACCUGAUGGCUGCUGUGUAUAAGCUCGAAGGCCGUGGGGGAUUUAGAGGGUGGCAAUGGCUGUUUAUCGUCGAUGGAAUUAUUUCUCUUCCGAUUGCGUUAAGUGGGUUUCUUAUCCUGCCUGAUGUGCCCGAGAUUUCGAAUCCGUGGUAUCUGAGUAAAGAGGAAGUUGCACUUUCGCAAAAGCGAAUGCAGCUCGAAGGCCGGAAGAACCGAGAACCGUAUACAAAAUCUAAGCUGAAGAAGAUCUUUACAUCUUGGCAUGUAUAUCUCCUCACCGUGUUGUACAUAACAUUCAAUAACGGAGGCGCCGGAUCCCAGCCUGUAUUCCAACAAUGGCUCAAGGCCUCGACAAACCCUAAAUACUCUGUCGGCCAAAUCAACGCCUACCCAACAACUACAAGUGCUGUCCAAGUGGUGACCACACUAGCCUACGCCUGGUCCUCAGACACAUUUCUUAACGGCAAACGCUGGCCCCCCAUCAUCUUCGGCGCUAUAAUAAACAUAAUCUGCUACGUCUCCCUCGCAGUCUGGGAUAUCCCUACCGGCUGGAAAUGGACCUGUUUCAUUCUUGCUGGCGCAGGCUACGGCCUAAGUGGACUUUGCAUGGCAUGGGCCCACGAAAUUUGUUCAGAAGACAAUGAAGAGCGAUCCCUCGUUAUAGGAAGCAUGAAUGAAAUGGCCUACGUCUUUCAGGCCUGGUUGCCCCAGGUCGUGUGGCAGCAGAUAGAUGCGCCGCAGUAUCGGAAGGGGUAUAUUGCUGUUACGAUUUUGUCGGUUAUUUUGAUUGGGACGACGGUUGUGAUCCGGGAGUUGGAUUUGAGGGAGCAGGUGGCCAAGUGA